AUGGCCACCUCCUCUACCGGCCACGCGGGGCAGAUCACCGUGACCAUCACCGCCGCCGCGGCCUCGUCAACAGCGACUCCGGGAAGCGAUAACAACGGCGACCUCGACACAACCAGCAGCACAUUAUCAUUAAUAUACGUCUACUCGACCUCCACCAACUCCGAACCCACGGACGCAGCAUCCUCUUCCAACAGUUAUAACUCCUCGAGCUCGCACCACCUCAGCGGGGGCGCCAUCGCAGGCAUUGUUGUCGGUUCCGUAGCCCUCCUCGCCAUCCUCGCCCUCGCCCUCUUCUGUUAUUCCCGCCACGUCGCUCGCAGGAGGCGCGCAGAGAUCGCCUCGCUGCAGCCGAGCCGCCACCCGGCACCGAGCAGGGCGUACAGCCACGCCACCACGAUCCAAGGGGGCCAGAUGACGGGCGGUGGGGCGGGCGGCGCAAGUACCAACGGGCGCACCACCCGGAACAGCCACUAUGCGCGGUCCAUGGGCGAGCGGUCCAUGGCUACUACCGUGGGUGGUGGAGGUGGUGGUGCGCGGCGGUCGCUGAAGAGCCCGGAUCUGCUGCCUGUGCUGCCUCCGCAGGAACUUCCUACGCCGCACAACAGGCCUGAGCUGGACGGGCGCGCUAAGCAGCGGUCACAAAAGUCAUCGAGGUCGCGGACAAAACCACGGGGCGCAGCAGAGGUGUAUGGGUCCAUGGAGCAUCCGGUUGAGCUGCAGGCAGGGAGCAUGACGGAUCUGGUGGCUGUGAUCCAGGAGAUGAAGAGGGUUAAGGUCCCGGGUACCGAAGGAGGAAGUUAUAAUGGCAACACCCACAGCAACAGUGGUAGUAGUCGAGGAGGCCGACAACAGCAGGACAGGGAUUCGGAUACCCUCAGCGCGCGCGGGUAUUUGAGCCCGGCCUGGCCACCGCACAGCGGGGCUGUGAGCAGCGAAUCAGGCCUGGUGAGCGACAUGGACGGCACCGAGACCGAUUAUGACAGCGGCGAGGGCGGCAUGACGGGGGACGCCGGCAGCAUACAUAUAUAUUAUCGGUCCUCAGCCGCGACUAUUGCUGCCGCCAUGUCGCAGGCCUCUUCCAUGAAGGGGCCUAGAUCGACUAUCAGGAGUAGUUCAACAACAGCGAGAUUAGUUUAA